AUGUCGAACAAGGAUGUGCGUAUUCUCUGUAAUCAUCGAUUUGGGAAAGGGAUGUUUCGUGAACGCAGGCGCAGCUGGCUCCAACGCUGCUCUUGCGAGGACAGCUCCUCUGUGACCUCAGCGGGGACAGAGACCGCUGAUGUUGGAAAAUCAAGCGCAGGGUGCUGGAUGCGGGCGAUUCGAAGCGCAGCAUACAGACCGUGUACAAACUCAGAUAGCAGCCGCAUAAGAUGCUGUUACUGGGCAGCAAGCAUAGCACACGGCGUUGGCGCAUCAUCACGCUGACCUCGCUUUGUUCUCAUUGUCCAUUUGUAGUACUAUGGGGGUGGACAGCAGGGUAAGUGGCUACUCUCGGACGGCUUGUCGGUGCUGGGCUCCCGGUCGGCGAAGUCAAGGCAGCUCGGGUCGGAGAAUGAUGCGACGCUUUGAGAUGCCAAUGCGCAGGGUGGGAGCAGACCUCAGAGGGCUUUGACUUCCAUAUCUUCAGCGCAAGCGGGCAGCCGAUAAACAACGCUGGCGCAAUGCCAGCUCGGACUGCGUUGCCAACUCGUGCUCGGUAAUUGCCUUAGCCCCACCCUCAACUCGUGGCUGCAAGCUCUGCGCGAGCGCUUUCCGCAUCCCUUGAACGCUCCUCACACUACUCGCUGUUCCAUCUUAGGCUACCCUCAGCAGGGCUACCCUCAGCAGGGCGGAUAUCCUCAACAAGGAGGCUACCCUCAACAGGGCUACCCCCAGCAGCAACAGGGCGGCUACUACGUGAGUGCCAUGCGCGGACCCUUGAUCGCCUAGUGCACCUCAUCUAAUUUUGUUGACCUACCUACCUUGCAGCCACCACCUCCUCAACAAGCGUACGGAGGUCAGCAGCCCGGCUAUUACCCUCAAGCUCAGCCUCAGCCAGUAAGUUUUGAGCCGGAUGGCAGUACAGAGACUUGACAGCUUCCGAGGCAGCGUCGUGGGUGGCGCAUUACAAGAGGGAAAAUGCAGGACCGGCUGUGAAAGCUCGUCUCAUUUGCGCAGGCGUGGGCCGUCACCUGUGGUCCGGUGGAGUAGGCAGAACAGCGUCGGCCUUGUGCGAUUUGGCUUGGAGUGUAAAGAUCAGCCAUGAUUGACUCUCCGGGUCUUCUUUGCAACGUGCAGGUGUACGUUCAGCAGCCUCAGAAGAAGGGAGGAGGAGCCGGAGCCGCGGGAACGGGAUGCUGCGCCUGUUUGGGUGAGUGCAUCUUGGGUACAACGUCGAUGCGACGUUCAGCUAAUGACUUUCUGCUGUCACGUCGCAUCACUAGCCGGAGCCUGCUUGUGUUGCUGCGCUGAGGAGAUGUGCUUGGACUGCAUGUUCGUAAGUAUCAACCGCAAGUAUUAGCGCACAUGGAAGGUGACCAAUGCUCAUAUGACUACACCCCUCCUCUCACACCUCAGUAA